AUGCCAUCAGCCGAGGUCGUCGCUCAAAUCUUGCAAGAGCUGAAGGAUGAAAUUGACGCCUCAAUAAUACUGACUACCUUAAGAUCCCGAACAGAAAUCCCUUCACGGUCGAUGGGCAGUUCCGCCACCACCACGGAAACCAGCAGCGACGCCAGCAAAGUGCCACAGGAACUGGAGACGCAACCUUCCGGAGCAUCCAACAGCAGCGGUGCCUUUCAAACUGGUGAUGACUCGCCUUGCUUCAAGCAUCUUCGAUCCUGGGGAGCAUGUGUACCAAGCCGCAGUGAUAAGGAUGCGCUCAUGGAGACGGCGGAGGUAGUGCCAACCUUGUCAACCAUCCUGUCGUUUCCACCGCUGCCACUCGAUGCAUACACUUCCCAGUCGCAAACGGACGCGUGGACGCGAACGGGUUGGACAAAGGCCCAUAUUCUAUACCUGUUCGACGUCUUGUUCACGUGGGAUAUUCUCCCCGUCUGCCUGUUGAGCAAGGACUUGUUUCUCCGAGACUACGACAGCGGCGAAGCGGAAUACUGCUCUUCGGCCUUGGUGCAUGCGACCCUUGCUCUGGCAUCUCGAAUGAUCAAUGAACUUGACAAUGUCGAUGUCCUCCCAUCUGAGUGGCUUGGAAGCACCUUCUUCUUCAAAGAAUGCCAAGCGGCUAUGCAGGACAAGUCGUGGGAGAACAGCCUCCCAAACAUCCAGGCCCUAGGCAUGCUCGCUCUAUACCAAGUACGCUGUGGGAGAGAAAAAGAAGCAUGGGACUGUGCCGUGGCAUUUGCCUCCGGUAUUGCUGAUCUUUGUGGGAUAGCGUCUCAGUCUGAUGGUGAACACGAGGCACAGUACAUGAAUGCCUGCACUACAACGUACUGUGGUGCAGUGACGCUGGUUCGUGUAUUGCAACUGGCAACCGGGCUGCUCUUUGAGUCCCCAGACCUCCCAAUAAUCCCAGGAUCGCUGGACCUUGAUCAGUCACUGUGCAGCACCGGUGACACAAACCAAGGAAACAGCAGCCCCAAACUAAACAUGUACGGCUUGCAGCCGAAUGACGCCCAGGCCAUCGCAACCCGGAUAUUCCAACUAACUGAAUGGGUCUACAUACUGAUACGUACAACUCAGACAGCCGAACAAGUGGCAUCGGCUGACUUGAUAGCAACCUAUGCCAAGUGCCUUGACUGGUACAACAGCUCGUUUGCCAUGAUCCAUGCAAAGGGGAACAGGAGCCCCUUUGCGAUAUUCAUGCACAUGUUCUACCACUUUUGUCUCCUGUGCAUGUUUAGGAGCUUCCUAGGCGUGGUUCUAGAGGGCUCCUCCAUUCGACCGCGCGAUCUGUGCAUGCAGUCCGCCCAGUCUAUAUUGGCGCUGGCUCAAUCGUACGAUGACAUGUUUACUCUCCGGCAGGUUCCUGGGCUGAUGCCCUAUCUGAUUUGCACAGCGGGCCUGUUUAGUCUCGCCAUUGAAGAUGUUGGCCUGGGUAUGGACCUGGUCCAUCUGCGCGUAGGCCACAACGCCUCGCAGCUCCAGCGUUCUCAGCCUGGUGAAUCUUCAUCUAGUGAAGGGCAAAAGGAGGUUCUGGAUGUUCCUCCGCACGUCAAGAUGUCUGCGGCGUCCCACGCGCGCUUACUACUCGUUAAACUGAGGUCGACCUAUCCUGCUGCGGCGGUGGCGGAGAGGAUGUUGCAGGAGGUGAUGCUUGCUAGGGAUGUGCCGAGCGAGUUGUAG